UCUUCGCGCUUUAUCAUUCCGUUCCAACGCGGCACCAAAUCUGUUCUGGACCUCCAAGUUCACACCAUGGCACCAGCGGCAACGAGGAGCACAAUAUUUCGUCUCAUAAAUGCAUCCCAGCAUUCAGCAUGUCCAUGUCAUGGCUGCAGAUCUGCAACUCAUAACCAUGCACAUCACGGUGCCCUUGCCCUGAACCAACUUAGGAAGUUCGCAACUCCCGUCCAAACUGUCGAAAAGGAGUAUGCAUUCGAGGUUGCGGCAUCGAAUUUGAGAUUUGGAGAGGGCGUCACCCGCGAGGUUGGUAUGGACCUCAAGAAUAUGAAAGCCCGCAAGGUUGGCGUCUUUACGGACCCAAUCGUGGCCAAGUUGAAGCCCAUGCAAGUUGCUCUCGAGUCUUUGGAAUCCCAAGAAGACCUUUCAUUCGAGGUAUAUGAUCAAGUGCUUGCAGAACCCACAGAAGAGAGCUGGAGGAAGGCCAUCGCUUGGGCGAGGCAACAUGAUUUCAGCCACUUCUUGGCUGUCGGCGGUGGGAGUGUCAUCGACACCGCCAAAACAGCGAACUUGUUCACCGUUUAUAAAGAUGCUGAUCUCAUGGACUUCGUUAAUGCUCCCGUAGGCAAAGGUCUUCCAAUCUCCCAAACCUUGCGGCCUCUCAUUGCAGUUCCUACCACUGCCGGUACUGGAUCUGAGACCACCGGUGCCGCUAUUUUUGAUGUCACUUCACGUGCUUUCAAGACUGGCAUCGCAAAUCGUGCACUUAAGCCUGUCUUGGGCGUCGUGGACACGGCUAACACGGAGAGCUGCCCAACCGCUGUACACAUCAGCGCAGGGUUGGAUGUGUUGUUCCACAGUUUGGAGAGUUACACUGCUAUUCCUUACACCGAGCGAACACCACGCCCCGCAAAUCCAAUUCUGCGACCCGCCUACCAAGGAAGCAACCCCGUCGCAGAUAUUUUCUCGAUGUGGGCUCUUCGUACGACUGUAAAGUACUUGCCUCGUAUUGCCAAGGAUCGCGGUGACCAUGAGGCAAGAAGCCAGAUGCUCCUCGCGGCUUCCUUUGCUGGUAUUGGUUUCGGAAAUGCUGGCGUGCAUCUGUGCCACGGAAUGAGCUAUCCGAUAUCCGGCUUGAACAAGAAAGGCCCGAAGUACAAGCACCCUGGAUACGUGGUUGACCAUCCCAUCAUCCCCCACGGCAUCAGUGUCGCCUUGACUGGACCCGCGGUCUUCCAAUUCACUGCUCCAUCUUCCCCCGACCGUCAUCGUGAAGCACUUGCCGUUUUCAAUGGUGUGACUGUUACCGACCCUUCGAUAACAAGCAUCCCUGACUCUGAGGUUGGUGCAUAUCUGUACGAGUCUAUUGCAUCCUUCCUUGACGGACUCGGUGUUCCUCGUGGACUGAAGGCCGUGGGAUACAACAAGAGCGACAUCUCGAUGCUAGUCGAAGGCACGCUUCCGCAGCGUCGCGUUUUGGAUUUGGCUCCGAACAUUGGAAAUGUGGCAGGCGAGGAUGGGAGAGAGCAUCUGACGAGAAUCAUGGAGGCCUCUUUCGAGUAUUAAACACGAGAGCUAUCGUCACGCUUUGAGAUUGCUUUGGAAACACCUGUGUACAUGUAUGAUACCAUCAAUUGAAGAUACAAUAUGCUCUUGGAACCUGUGGUGGAUUGAAUUUCAGACGCGUUU